CCGGCCUUCUCGCUCGUCCAUUGGCGGUGGCCACCUCAUCAUCUAGCCCCUCGCGGCGCUACCAUUGGUUUGCGCUGAGCACACGUGACCAGGAGGACGAGGGGGCGGUGGCGUGGGGGGGGUCCGCAGCGAAAACAAAGAUGGCGGCCGCGCCGGGGUUGGUGGCCGGGACGGCUGCGGGCCGACGCGCGGGCCAGGCCCACUGAGGCAGCGGCGCAGCGGGCAGGUUGGAGGGUCGCCGCGGCAGCGAGAAGCCGGCAGGGGCGCGCGGCGACCCUAACUUCCAGCCGGCGAGCGCGCCGGCACCCGCCCGCCGGGCCGGCCGGACGCGAUGUCCGGCGCCGAGGAGGCCGGCGGGGGUGGCCCGGCUGCGGGGCCCGCGGGUGCCGUGCCGGCCGGGGUCGGGGUAGGGGCCGGGCCUGGGGCUGCCGCGGGGCCGGCUGCGGCGGCUCUGGGCGAGGCGGCGGGGCCCGGGCUCCCGGACGAGGCGGGCCUGGCCGGCGCUCGGCAGCUGCAAGAGGCGGCCGGCGACCCUGACGCGCCGCCCAAGAAGCGGCUGCGGGCGGCCGAGGCGGCCGAGGCGGCGGCGGCGGCGGUAGCAGCGGGCAGCGGGAAGCUGGAGGAGCGGCUGUACUCGGUGCUGUGUUGCACCGUGUGCCUGGACCUGCCCAAGGCUUCCGUGUACCAGUGUACUAACGGUCACUUGAUGUGCGCUGGCUGUUUUAUCCACCUACUAGCAGAUGCCCGGCUGAAGGAGGAGCAGGCCACAUGUCCCAACUGUCGUUGUGAGAUCAGUAAGAGCCUCUGCUGCCGGAACCUGGCCGUGGAGAAAGCUGUGAGCGAACUGCCUUCAGAGUGUGGCUUCUGUCUGCGUCAGUUCCCUCGCUCCCUCCUAGAGAGGCACCAGAAAGAGGAAUGCCAGGACAGGGUGACACAGUGCAAGUACAAGCGUAUUGGCUGCCCGUGGCAUGGCCCUUUCCAUGAGCUGACAGUGCAUGAAGCUGCAUGUGCUCACCCAACCAAGACAGGCAAUGAGUUGAUGGAGAUCCUAGAUGAGAUGGAUCAGAGCCACCGCAAGGAGAUGCAACUCUACAACAGCAUCUUCAGCCUGCUCAGCUUUGAGAAGAUUGGCUACACAGAGGUUCAGUUCCGGCCUUAUCGCACUGAUGACUUCAUCACACGCCUGUACUAUGAAACACCACGGUUCACAGUACUGAACCAGACAUGGGUCCUGAAGGCUCGUGUGAAUGACUCGGAGCGCAACCCCAACCUGUCGUGCAAGCGCACACUUUCCUUCCAGCUACUCCUCAAGAGCAAGGUCACAGCGCCCCUGGAGUGUUCUUUUCUUCUGCUCAAGGGCCCAUAUGAUGAUGUGAGGAUCAGUCCUGUCAUCUACCACUUUGUCUUCACCAAUGAGAGCAACGAGACGGACUAUGUGCCGCUGCCCAUCAUCGACUCUGUGGAGUGCAACAAGCUGCUGGCUGCCAAGAACAUUAACCUGCGGCUCUUCCUGUUCCAAAUACAGAAGUAGGCUGGGCCCAGGACACCUGAGGAACAGAGGGCUGCAGUCCAGUAGUGCUGUCCCACCCCUCCCUGGCUUGGCAGCAGCUUCACACAACUAUUUGAUCAUUUUAGCAAAGGAGGAGAACAAACAAAAUCAAACACUGAGAAAGUCUGCAUGCGUGUGCAAUGGGGUCCCCGCCUCUGGCUCACCUUCCUCCCCUUUGCCUUCCACCUCCUGCAGGCAGCCAGAGGCUGGGCUGACCACAGUGGAAACAGUACUCUGGGCUCCUCAGGCACAGGUGGUGAGGAGGGCAAGAAGCCAACCACCCUUACCCCAGCUCCCAUCCUCUCAUCGAGGUGGCACGGUGGUUCUCUGGCCAGGCUCAGGGGCCCUGGCUGACUUCAGACAGCAUAUUUGAUUGCAAUUAAAAAGGCAGCCUUGUUUCCUACUUUCUGUUUUGUUGGAGGGGAAGGUGUGGCUGUGAAUGGACCUCAUAUGGGAGAUUUGGUUUGGCCUGGUGGCCAGAACCUGUCCUGUCCCUGAUACUGCACCUAUGUGUGCACCCCAGGAGAGACUUAAGAGACACUGCCUCCCCCACAGUCUUAUCAGAGGUUGGGACUAAAGCCUGGCCAGUGAGCCAGAGGGUUGGGCUUCCCCAGCUGCCACUCAGAGGAAACAGGACUUGGUUAGUAGGGCUCAGCAAAUGUUUUCGGAAUGCAGGGUGAAAUUCUGUCUCUUCGAGGAAAAAAUGAAACUCUACAGGCUCUUUAAGUGAUGUGAUUUUAGCAAGAAAUAACCCAUUCGCUUAACUCAGCAUAGAGGGCCAGGUGUCCUCAGAGUGCCGAGGAGGCAGCCAUUGUCUGUGAGACCUGUAUUUAAUGGUGGCAGGGGCACCGCAGGACCAAGGCAGAGCAGCAUGGUUUAUCGCCUAGGCAACGCCGGCCUUCCCCUUGCUGGGCCAUUCACAGAUUCUCUGAGUUGUGGUUGUAAGCAGGACAAGUAUUAGGGCCUCACAGAAUAUGAAGCAGCCACGCUUGAUAGGGCUAGGCCCUGAUCCUCUCUUCCUUGGGUUCCUCAGAGAUACUGAGAAAGGUAGGACUUGUCUCCUUCUGUCUUUGCUUAGGAGAUGAGGCUCUUCUAUCAUAGCUUUUUGUUGCUUUAAUACCAAAGAACCGGUUUCCUCUGCCCUAACCAGACCUCCACAUGCCUCAAAGUAGUUCCCACCAUCCCAUGCAAACUGCCUGGGCCUGAAGUGUCCUGUACCUUCCAAGUUAAGGGACAGGGUAGUCUUGGCCAGGUGGGUGCAAGUACUAAUGUUCGACCCACCCUGACCUUCAAGAAGGCAAAGAGCUGAGAAAUGAAGAGAAGGAACUGUGACACGGGGUAUAGGUCCCAUCUGUUUUCCUGAAUACGGCCAGUGUGGCCCUUCUGCCUUCUCAUAGGCUGAGAGGUUUUCAGCACCUGUUUGGCUUCCUGCAUGGGGCUUGUGGGAGUUCUCCUGCAAACGUGACCAGGCUGGGAAGGGUAAGAAGGCCAAUAUUUGGCUUCUGCCUACUACGAAGGACCCCAUGCCAGAUCCCAGCACAUCCAUGGGAGCAGAUGCAGCUCCUUGAUUUUCUCUGCCUUUAGGGGUAGCCUCUCAAGCUCUUUGGAAAACAGAGGAGGCCCCUCUAGAAGUCCCUCUAGAUUCUAAGGUGUUAGUAUGAAAAGGCAGGGCAAGGCCAGCUUGCCCUAAUAACCUGUGUCUAGAUGUGUGAGGGACUGAUUCACAGAAGGCAGCCUAAAAGUCUCCUGGGGAGAAACAGGACAGGAGGCUUAUUCCCCCAUGGGCACAAGCCAGCAAGGACACUGUGCAUGAGAGUGAAGCUGGGCUGGCAGGGGCUCAGAGACAACAGUUGAGCUCUGAGUAUCUGUGGAGAUGAAAGGCAUACCCCAAGGCACAGGUAGGGCUGGAGUCAUGCCCAGCUGAGAUCCACCUAGGGGUGUGGGUGUCCAAGAGUCCCCAGGAGGACUACAGCAGCCUCCUAGUGACAUGCUCGGUGUGGCCGCUUCACUAUGACUGUCUUGUGCAGCAGUUGAGCCUUCUAACCUAGAGGAACCAGACGUGGAGAAGACUAGUGUGUCUCUUGGCUCUGCUAGGGACUGGCAUACAGACCUUCAGCAUCGUCACUAUGAGCUCUUGGGGGGAGCACCAUAUCUCCAGGCUUGUGUCCAGAGUCUUGUUAUCUUGCUGUCCUAACCUGGCUCUUUUUCUGUUGUCUCUGAGGAUGGGAGAGGGGUUCAGCCUCAGUAGGUGUUGGGGAGGCUGCCAGAGGAGGUUGCAUAGGCCAACCCAGGCCUCCCCCCUCCACCUGUCUCAUCCCCACUUCCUGUGAGCACCACGUCCCUCAGUUUGCCCAAAGUGAGACAUUUACAAAACAAUAAAAAUAAUUUUCUAAUGA